ACAGUCGCGCCUCCAGCUCCAGCUCCAGCUCCAGCCGCCAGCGGCCGCGGCAGCAGAAGGGUGGUCUGGCUGACUGCCGUCUACUGAAGACUCCCUGCUGAAUUACACUCAUCUGUGAUCCACGUGUACGGCAAGCAGUCCCGAGACUCCUGCAGACAAAAACAGCGGAGGAGUAUUCACAGCCCUGGCUCGACCCGUUCACCAACACCAGGAUGGGACCAGAUGACGUACUGUUAACGCUGAUGCAGCCCACCAAAGGAACAAUUUUACUCUCCUUUUACUGGGGCCAAGGCGGGUGGGAAGGGUAGAAACUUUGCGAAGAAGAUCUUUUUUUGUGUUUCUUUUCAUUUUCAUUGCACUGUCGAAAACCGAGAGUCCCGUUCCUGAUGGGGUUUGGUCAAAGCUGAACGCGAGGAAAGGAAUCGAGUGGCGUUGUCUCCAGUAUCUCUCUGCUGUUCGCACUCAAGCCUUCGGGGGACUCCUGAGCCACUUGCCACGAGGAAUUCUCCGAAACAAAUCGCCCGAAUGAACACUCUGUGGUCAAGGCAGGGCUCGGAUUGACGAUGGCUCUAGACCUGAAGAUGGGAGCCGCUCGGGUGGUUUCUCGGCUGAGCACGGUGAGCCCGGAGCCCCUGCAACCGGCCGUGCCUCCGGCCGUGACGCUGGGCCUCACCAUAGUUUACACUGCACUUUAUGGACUCCUCUUCCUCCUGGUCUACAUCCAGCUGUGGCUGGUGCUGCACUACAAGCACAAGAAGUUCAGCUACCAGACGGUCUUCCUCUUCCUGUGCCUGCUGUGGGCCGCCCUGAGGACCACGCUCUUCUCGUUUUACUUCCGAGACAUCGUCAAGGCCAAUUCGCUGGACCCGUUCUCUUUCUGGUUGCUGUAUUGUUUCCCGGUGUGCCUGCAGUUCUUCACCCUCAGUCUCAUGAACAUGUACUUUGCUCAGGUGGUUUUCAAGACCAAAGCCAAGUAUUUCCCUGAGAUGGCUAAAAAAUUGCUCCCAAUACGUUUGGCUUUCCUGGUGGCGAGCCUGGUGUUUCUGGCGGUCAAUUUAACCUGUGCCUUGCUGGUGAAGAUCCAGCACGAGGAGACCAAAGCCAUUGUCCUAGUGCGGGUGAUCAUCAACGACUCCCUGUUUGUCAUCUGUGCCGUUACACUGGCAGCCUGCCUCUAUAUCAUCGCCAAAACCUCGCCGUCGACCAACAUCUACUUGGAAUCCAAGGGAACAUCGGUGUACCAGACCACAGCGGUGGGAGGAUUGGUGAUCCUGUUGUACGCAAGCAGAGCCUGUUACAACCUCGUUGCUGUGACGCGUUCUCCUGCCACCCAUGUGGACACCUUUGAUUACGGCUGGUACAAUGUUUCUGACCAGGCUGAUCUCAUGUCGAGUCUCGGCGACCAAGGCUACCUCGUGUUCGGCUGCGUCCUCUUCUUCUGGGAGCUGCUGCCGACCGCCGUGCUGGUUUUAUUUUUCCGCGUCCGUAGACCGGCUCAGGACCUGGCCAGCACUGGAAUUAUAAACGGGCAGAGCUAUGCACCUCGGUCGUACUUCUUUGACAAUCCCCGUCAGUUUGAAGGCGAUGACUCUGUGUGGGCACCAGGCACACAGAGCGAACAGGGCAGUUUGUCGAGCAGCCUGCAGAAGAACGGCUGGUACGGCCACGAGAGACGCAACAGUGAGCCCACGUGGUACGAGGGAGGGGCCCAGGCCUCCACGGCGCCCCUGCUCUUUGCCCGAGACAACACCCAAGGCCCCAACUACUACCACACCUUCUACUCCACUCCGCAAACGUAGAAGACACCGACGCAUUCCACGGGCGCACUCCGCCCGCCCGCCAGUCUCGCCGAGAGGCCGCAUUUUAUUUAUUACCGUUCCUAACUAAUCGUCUUUCUGCAUUUGCAGCUGAAAUUGCUGCUUGAUUCCACGCACGUUGGCCGAACAAAGAUUAUUAUAGCACCAGGGACCACACGGGGCACAAUGUUGCUCGCAGCCACGGAUGUUUUUUGGAACAGUCAGUGAAAAGCUUCACUCAGUAGCCAAAGCAUUAACAGUGUGAAGCAUCCAGCAAGCCAUUCCUCCAGCAACCUUCCUCCAUCGGGUCCAUUGGAUUUGCGGUUCCUUCACCUUCCCCCGUUUAGCGAUGGGGUACAGUACCACGUGAAAUAGAAACAGGCGGCACAUCGGUAGAGUCGCUGCCUUGCAGCGCUUGCACCGGGUUCGAUCCUGACUACUGGCCCUGUGUGUACGGUAUUUGUACGCUCUCCCCGCGACCCGCGUGGGUUUUCUCCGAGAUCUUCGGUU